GGGAGACACAGAGCGAUUCAAGCCUCUCACUCCUUCAAAUACCAACUGCACCUGAGAAAGGGGAGACAAAAUGAGCAGUCCGUACCACGAAGAUGUUCACGACAGAGGCGACUGCAAGAGCAAAUCGCCUACACUGCUUUCCUCGUACUGCAUAGACAGUAUCCUCGGGAGGAAAAGCCCGUGCAAAGUCAGACUGCUUGGGGCGCAAAGUUUGCCAGCGUUGCCGGCGAGGACGGAGAACGAGCAAGGGGCUGAGGACAUGCACCUGCCACCAAAACUACGCCGGCUAUAUGGCCCUGGGGGACGAUACAUUGACACUUCCAGAGGUUAUCACGAACACGCAGAGCGAGGAGAGAGAGAGCGGCUUUUGGACCAGGCCUGCGAAAAUCUCAAAAUCAACCAAGCCCCACAAGUCAGUAUAAGCCGCAGCAAAUCCUACAGAGAGAAUGCGUCCUUCAGUCAUAACGAGGAAGGGCAUAGUCCAGGGCACGGGGCCGAAGAGCUUGUGGAACUUAGCACGCUGAAGUUCGAAGAGGAUGCUGUGAAAGAGGAAACGUGUGGAGACGCUGAACUAUCUCCGAAGGACGAAGAGAGUCUACAGAACGAUGGGGAUGUAAAAGAUGGCGAGGACAGCGUUUGUUUGUCAGCGGGCAGUGAUUCGGAGGAGGGGAUGAUGAAGAGAAAGCAGAGAAGAUACAGGACUACCUUCACCAGCUACCAGCUUGAGGAACUGGAGAGGGCCUUCCAGAAAACUCACUACCCAGAUGUGUUCACGAGGGAGGAGCUCGCGAUGCGGCUGGACCUGACUGAGGCACGCGUACAAGUGUGGUUCCAGAACCGCCGAGCCAAGUGGAGAAAGCGUGAGAAAGCUGGGGUGCAGACACACCCGUCCGGUCUCCCCUUCCCUGGACACCUGGCAGCAGCCCAUCCCCUAAGCCACUACCUGGAUGGGGGACCAUUCCCACCACACCACCACCCUUCGCUGGAGUCAGCUUGGACGGCUGCUGCAGCCGCUGCUGCUGCCUUCCCCGGCUUGGCUCCACCCCACAACGGCUCUGGCAUGCCCCCUGCCACACCCCUUGGGUUGGGCACCUUCCUGGGUACAGCCAUGUUUAGACAUCCUGCUUUUAUUGGACCCACCUUUGGCAGACUCUUCUCCAGUAUGGGUCCCCUGACCAGUGCUUCUGCUGCAGCUGCCCUCCUCCGACAGCCAGCCCCGCCCGUGGAGAGCCAGGUCCAGCCGGGCCCCGCCCUGACCUCUGACCCCUCAUCUUCCCACGCCGCCGACCGUCGCGCCUCCAGCAUCGCCGCCCUCCGGCUCAAGGCCAAGGAGCACUCGGCCCAGCUGACCCAGCUCAACAUCCUGCCAUCGGGCGCCACAGGCAAGGAGGUGUGCUGAGCUGAGCCGACUGAACCUCUGCCACGUCACGCUACCCUCGCACACAGCUGCCCCUCUGAAAAAAAAUGUUCCCACUUACCUCCCUUCCCAACUAAAGCAAGACCAAAUCCAUAGAAUCUCUAGCAAAACUGGACUGCAGUUGGCACUUGCUAGAGGUCGAGAACUGCUCCUCACAGCAUCCAUCCUCCAUCCGACCUCCACUGCCUACCCCAUGUACAGAGACCUGCGUAUGGGCAGUCCACUCUCUGAACUGAUCUCCCCUGGGCAGCAGGUUAUGGUGUGAACCUGUUGCCUGGGGUGGCCUCUGGUCGUCUCCGUGCCAACCUAGCCUGCAUGUCAUGGCAGGGAAAGACACUGGCUCACACAGUCACCUAAAAUGCACUGCCAACCACCACCCACUACCCCACUGUCUCACCCCAACACAUUUGAUCUUUUUAUAGCCCGCCUGUCUUGAACAUUUCCUGUUAGCAGUGUACUUAGUGUGUGUGUUCACAAAUAUAUUCUAGCCUGAUGAGACCUAGUGUUCAAACGGACCAUUGAAGCCACAUGGGGAGGGGAAGAGGGGAGGGGGGGCACCGGUACACACACCUCAGCAAGCAUCAGGGUGCAGUGGGGUGGCCUGUGCUCUCUGUCCGCUGUGCACCAGAGGCCAAUAUACCAAAGGGAAACCCUGUCAACACGUCAGACUCUUUCCAGACUCUCUAGCCCUAGAUUCAGUCUAUCCAUCAUUAGAGUGAGGGUCUCCACACCGACUUCACUCCAACUGACCUGUUGAGCAUUUGUGUACUGUAAUACAUCUUAUGUGUUUGUUUUUUGGCCUUUUAUUUUAAAACCCCCAUUUCAACUGCAUAUCAUGUCCUCCACUUGACAAGACAGAUGAUGUGAUGUUUAGAUUAAAUACACAGCCUCGGUCAUGGAACUGUAAAUGUACAUAGAGCUGUAACAUGAAAAGCAAAAAAGGAAAAAAAAAGCACAAAAAAACAAACAAACAAAAAACAGAGCCUUGUAUAUUUGGAGAAAAAAGUUUGAAAAUAUGCACUUAAUGUAGUAUUGUAUGAAUGUUUCUGAGUAGAAAACCUCCUAUGUUGAUGAGAUAUUAGGUUUUUAGACUAUAAUUUAUGUUCACUCUGCUCAAGAGCAUUUUGAGGGAGAAUAGAGGAUGCUUUAUUGAUAAGUGAAUGUAAAUUGCCCUGGCUUAGGCCAGCUAAACUAUAACUGAAUAAAAAC